AUGUCCUUCAUAGUAUCAGCACUCGACGCGGCCCUCCUCGCCGCCAUCCUCGCCUCAACCUUCAUCUCCCCGCCUCCGAGCAACCCUUGCGCCUGCGACUGCACUUGCGGUCGAAAGUACCGACUACCCGCUCAAUACGCGUCAGACGCCAAACCUGCUGGAAAUGAGCAGGCGUAUCAUUCUGGGAGGGAGGAGGUGGCUGUGACGGGAGAAGAGGAAGCGGAGCAGCAGGUGGUGGCUGACGCUGCCGUCGCUAUCUCGCCCUUGCAGCCGUCCUUGUUGGAAGCCGACUCGGAUCCUGUACCCAUGCGAUCAUCCAUCCCCCAGCCAGCCUCUCCAGAGAUAUACGCUCAACCUACCAUCUCACCCAAAGAACCCGCCAAGCUGCCCACACCCGUGUCUUCUGUCGACCAGACCGAGUUUGAGGAUGACGGGAGCAACCUAAAGGUCGGCAUGACCACUCCGACCACUUCUCCGGGACAACAGUCGAACAGAAGGGCUAAUGAUGAUAAUAUGGGCAAUGAGCGGUAUACCACCCUCGCCAAGCCCCGAAAUACUCGUGAAAAUCCCAAGCUUGAUAAGCUCCAAUCGGUAUACCAAGGCAGACCAGUCCCACCACACCAAGUGCGCUCCUCCGAGGAUACUACGGACCCGAAAUAUGAUUAUCGAUUCUCCCUAUGUGAUACAUUGGGUGCCACUUCUCUCAAGAUCAACAAGUCAGAGUUCGUCUGUAAACCGUGCAACAAGCAUUUCAAAACCCUCAUCGCCCUGCAAAUGCACCAUACAGCAGUUCACUCUUUAUCUGCCAAACCUGUACAGCGCAGAAUGUCAAAUACUCCAGGAAUCCAAACCCGUGUCACCCAAACUCCUCCAAUUGUCGCGCCUCCUGCGACAGAAAAGGCUGUCUCUCUCGACGACGGAUUCGAGCCCCAAAAUAUGUGCGACGUGUGCCAGGCAGACUUUGUGAACAUCACUACCCUGCGCCAGCACAAACAGGAGAAGCACAGUUGGGCAGUGUUGUGUCCCGAGUGCUUGAUGUUCUUCAACCAAGCUCAAGAGGCCACCGACCACUACCAACUCAUUCAUGGCAUCGCUCCUACAAGUCUGCUAAAGACCCAGCGCAUGCUCGAUACCCUCAAGAAACCUGCGCCUACCCCUGACCCUGUCCAUUUCCCGCCUCUUGCGCCUGUGCCCCCGAAGAAGCGUGAAUACCAGAUUCUGGCGAGUUAUGAUAGCCACAUCCUAAGAAAGGAACACCACUGUUCUCAGUGCGAAAUGGUAUUCUCGGACGCCUCGGAACUGGAUGAGCAUGCCAACAACCCCUACUCGCACGGCGGCGUAAAGCUCACUCCUGACAACCUUCCUCCUCUCGGCUCCGAUCGCGCCCACAUCGAACCUCUCUCCAACUCCAACCUCAACUCUGAUCUCAACGCCCAACCCAAGCCCUCAUCUACCUACCCUGCCUACCCCCGAUCCGCUUGGGACUCGUCCAUGCCGGCCUUCAGCCUCGCUUCGCGACUUGCCAACAGUCCACAGUCGGUGCAUGGUGUUGUGGCUGAGGCCAAGCUCACCACGGAAGAAGAUGAGGAGGUCUCGGGUGAAUCUGUAUCUGUGGCAAUGCCUAAGCAAUCGAGUAUUGGGGAGAAGCCUUUGGAACAUGAUGUGCUCGAGGAAGCGCCCAAGAUCCAUCAAGUGGAGGCCGAGGUCGAGCAGGUCAACAUUCAGGCGGAGGCUGUGGAGGAGGGAGAGGUACAGAAAGAGCAAUCUGGGGAGCAGGCUAAAGCUGUCUCGGGGCCGGGUUCCGAGCGCGACACACCUCCCUUCCAGUCUCAAGAGCCUUUCAGACACGAGAGUGAAGGAUUCGACGAAGAUUUCGGGACUAUCGACUCUUCUGUCACCGGCGCUCUAUCCUCUGUCGAUGGAUCUUCUUCCGUUGCCUCACGCAACCUCUUGCCGACCGCUCCUAUUCACCCCAAGCCUCUUGACACUCCCACCUCCAUGUCUGUAACUUCCUCCCACUCUCAAGAAGAGCCUGCUGUUCACUUCUUCUCCAAAGCCGCCAAACGACGCCUUCUCAAGAAUCCACAGUUGUCUAAAGCUGAGAAGAAGGCGCUCGCCAGGGAAGUUUAUAGAGGCGCCCCCCAGCCCAAGAAACUCAAGCAGCCCAAAGCUCAAAAGCUGGAUGCCUUCUUCAGCUCUGACGAAGACUUGAAUGAGGAACUCCCUUCGGACUGUGAGAUGCUCGUUGGAGAUGUGGCGGACUAUGGGGUGCAGGUGCAGAUUCUCAAGGAAAAGGAGCAGCAGCAAGCCAGCAGACAGGUGGAGGCUGCCACAGCUGCUCCAGAGAUCAAAGCUCCCUAUGGGCGUGGAGCCUUAACAAUGAGCUUGUAUGCCGAGGCCCGAUCCAACCUGCCAGCCAGAAGGUACGAAGUGGAUAGCGACGACGAAAACGACGAAUCAGCUGUGCAAGGUGAUAAGUCUUCUCCGGAUGCUGUUGAAGAAACCUUUGUCGUUGAACCCCCUGCGCCGUCGGAUUUGGAGCCGAUCCGUGACGAAGAGGAGGUCAUCGAAAUCAGACGAGCGCCAUACAAGUCACACAGCCCUUACGACGACUGGUCGGACGAGGAGAAAGAGCCCGCUAUCGACCCUGAUGCUCUGUCUGAGCCUGUGGAGAAGGUUGACUUACCCCCUACGCAGCUGGUGGAAGCUCGUACCGAGUCGGCUAUCGUCAUCCCGUCUGAUAUCCAAGAGCCCGCCACAACUCCAGUCCACACUUUGCCCGAAGGUGUGCAAUUGCUCUUUGGCGACAAGGUGCGAGAGCCGGAAGACUAUCCUCUCCCACCAUCUCCUGUCUGGGAGGCGAGUGCGUAUGACGGACCGAUCAAAGACUUUGAUGCAAUUCGAGCUCCCAUCCGUGCCGGACAGGCUUCUGUUUCGGAGCAAGACGCUUCUGCUGUGUCACUGGCCAUCUCCGAGGGUCCCUCUGAUAAUUCCUCUCAGACAGGAACGGCAUUGGAGGAUGUAGGGGGUGGCGAUGUCGACGCCGUGGCAGCUGCAUCUGCCAUCUUGGAGAUUAGAGAGUCGCCCGUCGAGUCUCAUAAGACUGAAGAGAUCCCGCGAGACUUUGAUCGAGAAGGUACCCCUGGACUGUCCAGUUCUCUGAUCACUCCAAACACUCCUCUGGCUUCCAAUUCCAGCCGGAACCACUCUGAGGACGAGCAUACUUUCCAAAGAGAGGUUGGCGGGCACUCCUCUGAAGACGAUCGCUCAGGAGACCGCUAUAUCCUCAACUUUGCCCCGCCUGAGCUCGAAACCGCGUGGGCUCCGGCGAGGAGCACCGAGAACUCCUGGGCCGACUUUGACCAGGAUGAGGCUGAGCUUGCCCGGCGCCUUGCCGAAUUGGAGGCAGAACAAGCUGCUGUGGCUGCCAAAGAGUUUGAUAAUGGUCUUCCCGACUUGGAUCAAGCGGCCAUGAUCGGCAACAUUGAGUUCCAAGUGCCAUCUUUUGAUUUUCCAGAGUCUGAUACCAUGACCGCGUCCGACACGCCUCCUCAGGAGUUGUCUGCCAACGAGGUCGAGAACAAGGAAGUCAUUGUAGCUCCGACGGAGCCUACACUAAGCCCUUCUAUACCUGCUACUACCGGGCGAGGUGUUUGGGAUGCGGCCCAUGAAGUCACUCGCAUUGCCAUCGCUGCCAAGGCCGCUGCCCCACCGUUGGAACUCGGGCCUGACCGACACCACUCCAACGAGUACGCGGGCCAGUGGACGAACAACGCUCCCAGGUAUCAGAACCAAGCCAGGCGAGAUGGUCCUAAUAGGCACCACUCUACCCGCGGCCAAGGCUCUAAUGUCUAUUACUCGAGAGGUAGCGGCCGGCAACCUGAAGCGGCCAGGGGAAACUCGCAAGGAGUCAGCGCUCUCGCCAAGAUGCGUUCCACCCGUCCUGAAGUACUCGCGCUUCGGUACGAGCUCGAAGACGGACGAGAGGCGGAGCAAGCCAAGAGAGCAAACACAACUAGCGUGCGAAGCUCCAGUUUCUACGCGACGGACGAUUCGGGGUGGUUCUCGCUUGAUAGCCUGGGCGAAAAUGUGUAUGGCAUGGACAGUGGGUGGAGCCUGGACAGGCGAGAGUCCGUAGGAAGGGGAGGGUCGGGGAUCUCCAGGAGUGUGAAUCCUUCUACGGGAAGCGAUGGAAGGCCUUCGUCGCCAAUGGGGACGAAUGAGUGGGGAGCAUUGCUAGAGGUGCAGGGGAACACCUGGGGUUGGUAG